UUCACUGUAAACCCUUCAAAAUUUCACCACUCACCUCAGGCUGAGAUCCUAAAUUGCUUUCCACAACAAUGGCCACGAAAUCACAUGGAAUAGAAGAAGAACGUACACACGAGAUCAUAAAGAUCGAAGAAGGUGUUCAUGUCGAGCCUUCCGCCACAGCCAAAACCAAUGCAGACAUCUCCUUUUGCUCAUCGGCUUCAGUGGUAACAAUCACGCAAAAGUUGAUAGCAGAAGUCAUUGGUACGUAUUUCGUGAUAUUUGCUGGCUGUGGCUCAGUUGCCGUCAAUAAGAUUUAUGGGUCGAUCACGUUUCCGGGCAUAUGUGUGACAUGGGGAUUGAUUGUCACGGUCAUGAUUUACACUGUUGGUCAUAUUUCUGGAGCCCACUUCAAUCCCGCUGUGACCAUUACUUCAGCAAUCUUUCGCCGGUUUCCUUACAAACAGGUUCCUUUGUACGUAGCAGCUCAACUAAUGGGAUCAAUUCUUGCCAGUUGCACAUUAGCUCUAGUGCUUGAUGUUACCCCAAAUGCUUACUUCGGAACUGUACCGGUUGGAUCCAACACCCAAUCCUUAGUUCUGGAGAUUGUCAUCACCUUCCUUUUGAUGUUUGUCAUCUCCGGUACUGGCACAGAUAAUAGAGCGAUUGGAGAACUAUCGGGACUUGCCGUUGGAAUGACUAUACUAUUAAAUGUCUUCGUUGCUGGGCCGAUUUCAGGAGCUUCGAUGAAUCCGGCAAGGAGCAUAGGGCCUGCAAUUGUAAAGCAUGUCUAUAAAGGAUUAUGGGUGUAUAUAGUAGGGCCAAUUAUUGGAGCCAUUGCCGGAGCUUUUACCUAUAAUCUAAUAAGAUUCACAGACAAACCUCUCAAGGACUUAGCCCGAGGUGGAUUAUUUCUGAGAGCUUCUGCAGCCUAAUAUAGAGUACUUGCAGUUACUGGCCAGUUUCGAUCAGGAGCCUUCAAUUUUUCGCAACAAGCUUGCAAUAUUGGGCUAUCUACUCAUGUUUUCAAUUUCUUCAUAGUUUUUUUGUUUUGAGAUUGCGCUGAGUUUAAAUUUCAAUCUUAUCAAAGGAAACAUUCAUCGGAGAUCUUGCUUUGCUUAUGAGAUAUUUUGCUAAGAUUGGCGUUAGGUGCACUACAGAUUAGUGUACUA